AUGGCCUCGUGCGCUUCUUGCCGACUCGUGGAGUACCCUCGCAAUGCGCUGGAGAUCAUCUCAUGCGCUAUUGUGACUCGCGUCGAGGAAUUUUGCGUCAUCGGCGGUGAUGUCGGACCUCGAGCGCGUUCCCUGCACGCAUACAUGCGGAUCUUCUCCUCGGAGACUGCGUCUAAGCUGCGGGAAAAGAGUUACACGCCAGCUCUCGAUGGGGAGCGCCGGCGCUUGAGCGUGACCUUCACGCCGACCUCGAUUACGCCGAGCCCGAACUUGGCGCAUAUAUCCGGUCGACGGUCCUGUUAUGCUACCAAGCAUGAGCGACUAUCGAUUGCGCUGAUCCCCGGCCAGUACGACACAUCUGCGCUACGGACCACAACAUUGAGUCUCGAGCUUGUUGUGCACAGUGUUCCUCCAGGCGACGCUGCGUCCUGCUACGCGCGCACGAUGGGGUCUGGCGCGACUCCGCUCAAAUCGAGCGUCGUAUUCUCGAGGUCGACUGUCAUGUCGUUCAGGACUAGCGCACUCCCGCUAAGGUACGUUCGAGCACCAAGUAGGUUCCCGCUUUCGCCUGCCUCCCAGUUCGUCCAUGACGCGGAUGUCCGCUUCGCCCUACUCAAACCGCCACCGCUCAACUUCCCCCGGUCUUGGACGCGCAUACGCCCCGACGCCAUAGAGCUGCUGGUGCUCGCCAUGGUCGCCAUGUCCUUCGGAACCUUGAAAUCUCUCCAGUGCGCUGAUCCUGCGCGCGCGAUGAAGAGCAAGACCUACGCAACGUCGCUCGGGACAUGGCCGUCCGACGCUUGGAAAGCCAGCACAGACCGUAUCUCGUCCUCUUCUGUCUUGAUCUCAACGUAUCACGAACCCUCACCCGUCAAUGCCAGCACGCCUCGAGCCGAAAUCGACCAUGCUCUCAAUUUCGACGCAUAUAAUCAGCCGUCGAGCUCGCUCACACGAAGGACGCGCGACUCGAGCAACCGCGCGCGGUCUGCAAGACAACUGGCGCUCGAUUCCGCGUCUCCGCCAUCGCUUGACUCUCUAAGGACUGGCGAGUUGAUGUUCUCUUGGGUUGCUCGGAUGUACAUGUUGAAGUUGCGCUUCCGAACCUUGACGAUCCGCUUGGGAUUCGCCGUCAACGCCAUACCUGCGACAACCUGUCAUCAUGUCUGCGAAUCCGCCGUCGACAGUCUUCAUCCAGGCCUUCCAAGUCACCAACUUCCUGUUGGCCGGCAUGGUCCGCUGCUAUUCCACGACGCUCUCGUGUUUCCCUCCGGCGCUCAUUGGACGACGCGCCUCGGCGUGAUCGUGAUUAGACCCACGCCCGUCGGCAGCUCGACCCUCGAGUAAGGCAGGCCACCGUAUCGAGAGCGUCGUCGACUGGGACCGUGAGGACCGCAAUCGGUUGCGCGACGUGCCGUAGAAGGAUGGCCGCUUGCGCCUCGCCA